CGUCUCUCCAGCCGCCAGCCUCGUCCAGUCGUCUUACACAGGCACACUAAAAUGGCGUCGGCUCCGGCAGAUUACAGCUCCUACAGCCAGACCACUGCUCAGCAGGGGUAUGCAUCUUAUGCUGCCCAGCCCUCACAAAACUACGGGCAGUCUGCACAGCAGAGCUAUGGUCAACAGAAUUAUGGAUCAUAUGCCCAGCCUGCUGCUGCUGAUGGAAGUUACACCCAGACAACACCUGCCGCUACAGGCUACACUCAGCAGCAACAGCAGUAUGGGUCCACAUAUGCACAGCCAGCAUCAGCAGGCUAUCCUGCAGCUCAGUCUACCACCCAAAGCUAUUCCCAGUCAACCCAGGGUUAUGGAGCCACUGGCUAUGACAGUACUCCUGCUGCUGCUGCUCCAGCUGCCUCCCAGACUUACGGCUCUCAGCCAGGAUAUGCCGCCCAGUCCGCCUACCCUGGUUAUGGCCAGCAAGCUGCUCCCACUGCACCACAGAGUUACAAUGCCAGCAGCCAGCCAGCCAGUUACAACCAAAGCAGCUACUCCCAGCCAGCAGCAUAUGGCCAGCAACAGUCAGGUUACCAGGCCCAGCAGGCAAGCUAUAGCCAGCAACAGUCAGGUUACCAGCAGCAGACCCCACAGCAGCAGCAGGCUCCUCCUGCUUACCCUCCUCAGGCUUCUGGUUCCUAUGGGCAACCUCCAGCCAACCAGUACAACCAGCAAGGUGGACCUCCCAGUUACAACCAGUCCAACCAUUACAAUAAUUACAGACAGGAUGGCCAGAGUGGGGGUUCUGGUUACUCUGGCUCUGAGUCCUCAAGGUACCACCAAGGUUCAGGGGACAGCAGAGGCCCUGGCAGGGAUGGCUUUGAUCGAGGCGGAAUGAUGCAUCGAGGGCGUGGAGGCAUGGGCCGAGGCAUGGGCAGCGCUGGAGACAGAGGUGGCUUCAAUAAGCCUGGUGGACCUAUGAACAGCGACGAGCGUGAAAUGGGACGUCCUGAAGAGCAGGAUGACUCUGAGAACAGCACCAUCUACAUCACUGGACUGACUGAGAAGGCGAACCUGGAGGAGAUGGCUGAGUUCUUCAAACAUGUUGGCCCAAUCAGGAUGAACCGCAGGUUGGGCCAGCCUGCCAUUAACAUUUACACAGACAAGGACUCAGGAAAGCCUAAGGGAGAUGCCACCUUGUCUUAUGAGGAGCCGAUCUGUGCCAAAGCUGCAGUGGAACACUUUGAUGGAAAGGAGUUCCAAGGCAGAAGGCUCAAGGUGUCCAUGGCACGCCGUAAGCCCAUGAUGGGUGGAAUGAGGGGUGGCAUGCCCAUGCGAGAUGGCAUGAUGGGCCGUGGAGGUAUGAUGGGUCGUGGAGGAGACCGUGGCGGGUUUGUCCCGCGUGGUGGUCCUCGUGGUAUGGGCAGAGGUGGACCCACAGGAGGCAACAUGCAGCAGAGAGCUGGAGACUGGGAGUGUCCUAACCCGGGCUGUGGAAACCAAAACUUUGCCUGGAGGAUGGAGUGUAACCAGUGCAAAGCCCCCAAACCAGAAGGGUUAGGCGGUGGCCCUCCCUUCCCCCCUGGAGGUGACAGAGGCAGAGGUGGAAUGGGAAUGCGUGGAGGCAGAGGUAUGGACCGCGGUGGCCCAGCAGGAGCUGGAGGCCCAGGUGGCCCUGGAGGGUUCCGCGGAGGUUGGGGAGGCGACCGAGGUGGAUUCAGAGGACGAGGUGGAAUGGAUAGGGGAGGUUUCCGUGGGGCCGGGCGUGGAGGACCACCCAUGGACCGAAUGGGUGGAAGAGGUGGACGAGGAAUGGGCCCACCAGGUGGCAAAAUGGAUAUGAGGGACCAUCGCCAGGAGCGCAGAGAGCGACCCUACUGAAGGAAAACUUGACUGUUUCUCUUGUGGAAGUUGAUUUUUAAGACGAGAAUUUUUAAUUUAUGAUUCCAUAUUCCGAUGCUUAUAUAACUGCUUUCAAACACCUUGUGCAGUUUCAUUCAACUCCUGUUUCCACUUUUUUUUAUUUUAGUUUACCCAUGUUUAUGCCACAUCUUGUAUUGUGCAUGUUUAUUUGUUUUUGUUUUUUUAUAUGCUGAUUAGGUUUGACAUUGUGUUGUAAAAUGCUUUUUUUUUUUUUUCAUAGGUUAACAUUUUUGCUUCCCCUUUCCCAUAACUGGCAAUUGUACGAUGACAAAUUUGGGAAAUAAAAUUUUACUGAUUUGA